AAAAAGUAAACCUGUUGUUGGAAAUACCAGUAUCAUAGCGUAUUCAUGAUGACCGAGACAAAAGAAGCAGGUGCUAAAGACACUGGGGGUGAGGACAUGGAUGAGGAACUGCGGAAGCUCAUGGGUGAGGUUUCUGAAAGCCAACGAGAUUCCGAAGUCACACGCGUGCUAUCUGCUUUCAAAUUAAAUCCGUGGGCGCAAUUGGGCGUUGAUUUCACAACCCCAGACGACGUUUUGAAUAAAACUUACAGAAAAAAAUCACUGAUGAUCCAUCCUGAUAAGUGCAAACACCCGGACGCUCAGAAUGCCUUCGCCAUCCUGGCAAAAGCCAAGAAACUUUGCCAAGACAAAAAUCAAAGACGGGUGAUGAAGCAAACUCUUCAAGAUGCUCUAGACAUGGUGAUGCACGAGAAGAAAAUCGAAGCCGAUGAUCCAGCUGUCAAAACUGAGGCAUUCAAGGACAUAGUGGUCGCAAGAGCCAACAAAGUUCUGGGAGAUAUUGAGUGGCGAAAGCGGCAGCUUGAAAAGCGAAUGGCUGAAGAAGAAACUGCGAAGCAACAAGAAAUAGAGGAGGAGAAGGAGAAAAGGAAAAGAAAAGCAGAAGCCGACAAGGUCUGGGAAGACAAAAGAGACUCUCGUGUCAGUGACUGGCGAUCAUUCCAAGAUAAAGGCAAGAAGCGCAAAGUGAAGAGGAGGGAGAAGGAGCAAGAUGUGCUCCAAGAGGCGGCAAUCAAACAUGCUUUGAAGGUGAGUCGACUGUCUGUUUCAAUUUUUAGUCCGUACGCGUGCCGUCUAAGCGACGAGAGUGGCAUUGGCGCCCUAUGAGUUUGUCGCUCAUAGUGCAUUUUUUCUGAACCACGACAGAGCGCGACGAAGAAUUAGAUGC